GAGCUCAUCUGGCACUGGGUUGCACUGAAGUCCUCCACCGUGCCUGAAGGAAGAUGCUUCUGGGUGGUGGGAGCAUGGAGAAGAUACGGUCUGUCCCGCUGUCCCUUGGAGUGCUGACCAUCUUGACCAUGACUGUGUAUGUCCCAUCUACACGUGGAGAGCCUUAUUUACUACAAGGUAAGCUGGAACACAGACUGGAUGUCACAGAGAACCGAGUGCAUCCGGAGAGAGAAGCCACAAGUCACGAGGACACCCUGUUGUCUCUGCUUCUGAACAAGAAGCUCGCAUGGCGGAGACCAGAAAACAUUGACUGGGAGAUGGCAAAAAAAUUUGAAGAGCUUGAACAGCUGGAGAAGUUGAAGGAUCAGCUCUCAGCUGAGGAGGGGUCAGAGGUGGCCUAUGCUUUGGAAAGUCUGUCAGCAUCUCAGCCUAAGAAACGCGCCUGCUUCUGGAAAUACUGCAUCUGAAGGCUUGUUGGGACUGGAGAAUGAAGACAAGCCCUUCCCCAAACUGCCUUGCU